AUGAGUAAGUCUGUUUUUGAGUCACUCAUGCAGGCACUCAAAAACAAAAUCUGCCUGCAGGAGUCAUCACGUGGACGUCGUGAGCCUCCAUGCCAACCUCUUCUGGACGCCACUCAGAAGCAUAGUCUCCCCCCUCUCCACCCUCACCAACCUGAAGACGCUUCAGCUACAGUACAACUGGCUCUACGGCUCCAUCCCAUCAGUCCUUCUGGCACUGCCUCGCCUCACAAGGCUAAAUCUGAACUUCAACUGUCUGACUGGUACUCUUCCAGCCAUCUCCACUUCUUUGGCUUACCUGUCCUUCGAGCAAAUCGCUCUCGGGCUCUCCCAUCCCUUCCCGUCGCUCUCGCUCUCCCCAGUCCCUUCCCGUCGCUCUUGCUCUCUCCCCUCCCUUCCCGUCGCUCUAUCUCUCGCCGCUCCCUUCCAGUCCCUCUCGGUCUCUCCCAUCCCAUCCCGUCGCUCUCCCUCUCUCCCCUCCCAUCCCGUCGCUCUCCCUCUCUCCCCUCCCUUCCCGUCGCUCUCUCUCUUUCGCCACUCCCUUCCCGUCGCGCGCUCUCCAGUCGCCCGUCGUUUCCACCCGGUUCAUCACCGAUCUCGUCGCCCUCGCUCUUGCUCUGUAAUGCCCUCUCCGCACCCUCCUUCCCUCCCUUCACAAUUUGUCUUCCCUCCCCGCAUCACAGCGUUCUUCCUCUCUCCCCUCCCAUCACGUCGUUCCUCCUAUCUUCCCUUCCAUCCCGCGUUCUUCCUCUCUCCCCUCCCAUCACGUCGUUCCUCCUAUCUUCCCUUCCAUCCCGCACUCUUCCUCUCUCCCUUCCCAUCCCGUCGUUCCCCCUCUCUCCCCUCCUCUCCCGUCGCCCCCCAGGUCACCAGUCCCUUCUCUUCGCCUUCGCUGCCAAUCAACCGUCCCGACGCCCUUCCUCUUUUCGUACAUCAUUCCUUUCUUUAUUUUAG